AUGAAAAAGCGUCUUGGUACAGAAACAGCUACGCAAGAAGAACUUGCACAGGGUUUUGUAGGACCCGAACGCAAAGUAUGGCUGAACAUUUAUCGUGUUAACAACCACGCUACAAAGGAGACUGUCGAAAACCAUAUUAAAAAACAACCCGGAUUUGAAAACUUGAAAAUCAUGGUGUCGGAACUUUCAACCAAGUUUUGUUGUGACGGCACCUCUAGUCAAGAAAGACGAGAUGAAGAACAUCAUUCUGGUCCCCUAACGUAGGAAUGAGAAGAUUCAAGUUCGAUAUCCACCAAAACCCAAUGGAAAUUAUUUUUUAUAAUAGACACCCAAAGAAGCAUAAACACAAGCAAAAACA